CCGGCUUAUAAAGGAGGCGGGCCGGGCCUGGCGGGUGGCGCAGCCGGGACGGCCCAGGACUUCAUCCCCUGCAGAUGUGAAGCUCCUACAACGCUCGCUCCAGUUUCCAAGGGACGCAUGAGGAGAUGAGGUGUUCAGGUGCCUUUGCUGCUGGCCCAAGGCAACACAGAGCUCUGCGACGCAGGGAAGCCGGGAGCUGCCCAGGAAGCUUGGAAGCUCUGCUUGGAUAAAAGCGACUGGCUCAGGUAUGAUUCUCACUGCGGAGUGCCGUGCGUUGGGGAACACUGAUGGAGUAUUUAUUGCUGGGGAACUGAAUGAGCUCAAGGAAAAAGAGUUUGGCACAGGCUUUUCUGGAAGCUGGGAAAGACCUUUCAGCAGUUAUUGCAGCUUUGCUCAAGGAAAGGUUUUUGCUGUUGUUUUCACAUGAUUCUUUUGCCCCCCGAAGGCUGAAAUACAGCUUACAGGACUCCAAUUUUUAAGUUAGAAAACAAAAGCGAUAGGACAAGCUCAGCAAGGCUUGAAUGAUGCUGGGUGUACAAGGACAUGCAGAUGUUGUUCCCAGUCUUUUGAGCCAUCAAACUUCCCCUUCAAAACACGGGUGCUGUGUUCUGUGGCUCUAUUCCCCUUUAUAUCUGCAAGGAACAUUUUUCUUUCUGCAGUAAAUGGAGCCCCGAUUACCUGUGAGACUGUUAAUAAAAAAAUAUACGCAGUCUCACAUCCCAUAUCAUUUAACUAAUAAGUAUUUUUUUGAAAAAAAUCACACUUAUUCUGAUGUUGUUGGUUAUAAAUGGGACCUACCAUGGCAGCACUGCUCAGCGUGGUCAGCCAGGUUUGCUCAGAAAAGCAAAAAGUAAUCCUUAGAGUGCUCACUGUAAUACCAAACAAAAGAAAAAUCACCUUUUCAAGGGUGUAAGAUAGAAUUGUAGAAUGACAGGAUAUACCGAGUUGGAAGAGACCCAUAAGGACUGUUGCAUCCAACUCCUGGCUCCAUGCAGCACCACCCAGAAAGUUCUCAUUCUGUACCUGCGUGUGGCAGCAAACCAAUUUAUGAACAGUGAGCCCAAAAGUCACUCACAUCCUUAUGCAACAGCCUUGGUUUUCCUAGAGCUGGCAGCCUUCACAUUUCUGAUAGGAGUUGCUUCUAGAAGGUAUCCAUUUCAGCAGUCAGGAGAUAAUGUGACUCCAUGCUUUAUCUCUGGGUGGUGAAAAUACUACGUUCACUUAGUAAGUUUUUUUGGUGCAUGCAUGCCCACAACCUGUGUUUAUUUUCAAGCUGAGGUUGCAGACAGGUAGUUUGUACUCAGCAGGGGCCGUGCCAUGGGCGGUGCCAGCAGCCUGGAUGCUGCUUGCACCCCACAGUCUCCUGGUCCCACAGUGACUCCUGGCCGUGGGGCUUCCAGUCUCCUCCUGGCAGCACACGAGGAGUUGCAGUGUGAGCGCAGUAGGAGUAUGGUGGACAUGAGGUGAGGGGUGAUGAGGAGCUUGGGGAGCUCUGGCCCGGCACUGAGGUUCACGCACCACAUGAGCCCUCAGCCACGGCUGCCAGCCUCAUGGACGCUCUUGUCACUUACAGGCCCCUCCCCACAGGGAAGCCCCCCAUGGACUGUAGGCAUUUACCUGAGGCCCGCAAGGAGACCCUGAGCCCAGAGCCCGAGUCACCACCACCUCCAGCUGCCAGCAGCAGCCCCUGCCUACCCCCCACAGUCGGGCAGCGGGCCGGGACAGGCCCAGGGCGACCCGCAGCUGCCAAUGCCGCACGGGAGCGCAGCCGGGUGCAGACCCUGCGCCAUGCCUUCCUGGAGCUGCAGAAGACGCUGCCCUCCGUGCCGCCCGACACCAAGCUCUCCAAGCUGGACGUGCUCCUCCUGGCCACCACCUACAUUGCACACCUCACGCGCAGCCUCCAGGACGAGGAGGAGUCUUCAGGAGAGGCCCUGGGAGCCCUCCGAGGAGAUGGGUACCUCCAUCCUGUCAAGAAAUGGCCGAUGCGAUCCAGGCUAUACAUUGGAGCGACAGGACAGUUUUUGAAUCACUCAGCACAAGGAGAAAGUGCAAACCAAGGAGAAACAUCAACAAAUUCUCAACAGUAGUCUCCCU